AUGUGUAAACACGUCCUGAAUGCCCAAGUGGCUAUCCGCUCCCCUUGCUGUCGCAAGUGGUUUGAUUGCGCCGAGUGUCACCAAGAACAGGAGUCGCAUAUGCUGCAGAAGGCUCAAGAAAUGAUUUUCGCCUGCAAGAAGUGCAAGAAAUGCUUCCGCAAGGACGCCUCUGAGUUUGAAGACAGUGACGAAUACUGCCCACACUGCGAUAAUCACUACGUUAUUGAUGCCGUCACACCAAAGGCCAAUCUACAAAUCGAGGGUGAAGAUGCCCGCAUGGACAGCCGAAUGCUGAAGGACGACCGUGUUCGUGCUGAUCAAGAGAAGUCCAUUUUCAACUUCCGUGAUAUCUCCGAUCGCUUGGGUUAG